UCCACAGGGCUAUAGACAAUCUAAACAUUUUAGCCCAACCCGUCAAAAAAGCCCAAACACGAAUAAGACAGCAUCAAAUUGUCUGUUUGUGGUUGACCAUUUCAAACCCACGCGCUCACAUUGGAAAGUGGGGCCAAAUUGUAGUGCUUCUUUUUGGCAUCCUUUAGCCUCGCACUUUGAAAACUACUGCUGCUGUCCUAACAAUCUCCUGGCUUUUUCUGUUCCACCAGAAACUAGAAGGGAAGGAGAGAGUCACUUUUGAAAGAGACAGGAAAAGAAAAAAAAGAAAAAAAAAAAAACCAAAAACCCAAGUGUUUUUUUGACAUUGGUUUUAAGGCUUUUUCUUUUCUUUUUGAUACUAUAAACUUCGGUAAGUUUCAAAGACUCAAACUUUAAUUGGUAAUUUCUUUUCUUUUUGAUAUCAUUUCAUGAAGUGUUAAAAAAAAAAGAUUUUGGAGGAUAUUAGAGAAAAGAAGGAAAUGGAAACUUGUGGAGUAUAUGGUGUUUUGUAUACUGAAAAGGAAAGGUUUUGUAUUGAGCAUUGUUUUUAGGUUGAAACAUGAGUUGGAUUUGAGUUAUUUUUGGCUGUUUUGGGGUUUCGGAGUAUUUUUCUGAAGUGCCGCUAUAUGAUCUGUGGGAUGUUAGAAAGCAAAGAAAAGAGUUGGUUUUUGGAGUAUAACCAGUUGAAGAUGUCUUGGGUUCAUCAUCAUCAUCAUCACAUCAAGCAAAAAGAUGGGUACUUUCAAUAUCCACCUCCUCUUCCUCCAUCUCCAUAUGCUGCUACUACUUUUCAUAAAGAUUCAAACCCUUCUCCACCAUCAUCAUCUUCAUCUUCUGGUACUAGAAUUAGUCCUGCUGUUCUUUUCAUUAUAGUAAUCUUGGCUGUACUAUUUUUCAUCUCUGGUCUUCUACAUCUACUUGUUAGAUUCCUCAUAAAGCAUCCAUCUUCAUCUGCAUCUUCUCAAUCUAAUAGAUAUCCUGAAAUGUCUACCUCUGAUGCUCUUCAAAGGCAGCUACAACAACUGUUUCAUCUCCAUGAUUCUGGUUUAGAUCAAGCUUUUAUUGAUGCUUUACCUGUUUUCCAGUACAGAGAAAUAGUUGGUCUGAAAGAGCCUUUUGACUGUGCUGUUUGUUUAUGUGAAUUUUCUGAGAAAGAUAAGCUGAGAUUGCUUCCUAUGUGUAGCCAUGCUUUUCAUAUAAAUUGUAUUGACACUUGGCUGUUGUCAAACUCGACAUGCCCUCUUUGUAGAGGGACACUUUUUACUCCCGGGUUUUCAAUGGAGAAUCCAAUUUAUGAUUUUGAUGACAUAAGGGAAGAUGAUGGAUAUGCUGGUAAUGGGGGAAAUGGAUAUACUCCUGGUCAGAAAACUGUGGAAAUGGAAGAAAUUGUUGUUGACAAAGGGGUUUUGCCUGUAAGGCUGGGUAAAUUCAAAAGGCUAAAUGAUGGACCAGGAUAUGCAGGAGGAGAAACUAGUAGUAGCAAUUUAGAUGCCAGAAGGUGCUUUUCUAUGGGUUCAUAUCAGUAUGUGCUAGGUGAUUCAGAUCUUAGAGUUGCCCUGACCAAUGAUCGACACGGUGGCCGAGAUAUCAAGUUAUCACAAGGCUUGGAACAGAAUGGGAAUUCUUCAGUUGAAGGGGAUGCUGAAGGGAAAAAGAUUAGUAGUGUGACUAAAGGGGAGAGCUUUUCUGUUUCCAAGAUCUGGCUUUGGUCUAAGAAAGGCAAAUUUUCCAGUUCUUCAGAUGCCCAAAUUGCUUGCCAUGGAUUGGUUCCGGAUCAUUGAAACUAAGAGCACAGCAUCUAUCAACAACUACACCGCCAUAGGCACUUAAUUUUGCCUCGCUAACAGAAUCAGCAGUAAUAAUUUAUUUUUCGCAUGUCAUGAUUUUGUGGUUAAUCCACAGUUCAAUUUGUCAUGGAUAUGGUUACGGAUGGUCUAGUAAAAUUGUAUGAUUAAGGUUGAAAUGGUACUGAUUUUACCUUUCGGAAGUUCUGAGCUUUAAAAUCAUGCCAUUUUCAUUGUUGACCUUGAGUGUGUGUUAGUUGAAGUCAAACAUUGAAUUCUAAUUUGAGUAGUUGCAACUUUCAAGCAAGGAUGAUGUCUCAUAACUUCUGAAAAUCAUAACUCUACUUCAGGAUGCAAAAUUUGCAUCCAAUGUUAUUGUGAAUUUUUUGCCCUGGAUAGGAAAUUUAUGCUUUUUUAAUGUAUAAACAUGAUCUAAGGCAAGAGUCUAGUGCUUUUGCUUUUCUUGGCUUUUGAUAUGCUGGGGUUUUUUCCUCUUACACUUUUCCUUUUCCUUUUAAAAUAUAUCAACCCUUUUAGGAUA